AUGCAUUCACUCUCCCUCCAAUUAACUACGUGCCGUUUCGCAACUCAGACCAUAAACUCCUCGCCGUCUUCCAACUCCACAUCGAUUUUCGCACUGAUUCAAUGCCACAGCGAUCUCUCACCGUCCGAUUGCCAGCUCUGCUACGCGAUUGCGCGCACGCGCCUCCCUCGCUGUCUCCCUUCUUCCUCCGCAAGGAUCUUCCUCGACGGUUGUUUCCUCCGCUACGAAACCUACCGAUUCUACGACGAAUCGGUCUCCGCCGCGUCGGACACUUACUCCUGCAGCAACGACGCCGUUUUAGAUCCGCGGUUCGGGAAUCGCGUUUCGGAGAUCGCGGCGAUGGUAGCGUUUAGCGACGGUGGUGGCGGUUUCGGAGUCGCCGGAGAGAGUGGAGCACACGCGCUUGCUCAGUGUUGGGAGAGUUUGGGGAGAGACGAGUGUAAGGUUUGUUUGGAGAAAGUUGUGAGGGAAGUGAAACGGUGCGUUUCGAGGAGAGAAGGAAGAGCUAUGAAUAGUGGAUGUUAUCUUAGAUAUUCUGAUUAUAAAUUCUAUAAUGAUCAUGGUAAAAUUCAUGGGCUUCAUAACAAAGGGGUCAUUGUGGCUAUGGUCUUGACCACGUCAGCAUUUGUCAUGCUCAUUCUAUUAGCAACGUACGUCAUUAUUGUCAAAGUAUCAAAGGCCAAACAAGAAGAAAGAAAUCUUGGUCUAGUUUCGAAAAAAUUCAACAACUCCAGGACGAAGUUCAAGUACGAGACUCUAGAGAAGGCAACGGAUUACUUUAGCCCCAAGAGAGAACUAGGAAGAGGAGGAAACGGUACCGUUUUCUUAGGAAUCCUCCCAAAUGGCAAGAACGUGGCCGUGAAGAGAUUAGUGUUCAACACAAGAGAAUGGGUAGAAGAAUUCUUCAACGAAGUGAAUCUCAUAAGUGGAAUCCAACAUAAGAAUCUUGUCAAGCUUCUUGGUUGUAGCAUUGAAGGACCUGAGAGUCUCUUGGUUUACGAGUACGUCCCUAACAAAAGCCUCGACAGUUUCCUCUUUGAUGAGAGUAAAAGCAAGGUCUUAAACUGGAGCCAGAGGCUAAACAUAAUCCUUGGAACAGCGGAAGGAUUGGCUUACCUACACGGAAGUGGCAGCUCACCGGUUAGGAUUAUUCACCGAGACAUCAAAACUAGUAAUGUUCUUCUAGACGACCAGCUCAAUCCCAAGAUCGCUGAUUUCGGUCUGGCUCGAUGUUUCGGCCUGGACAAAACUCAUCUUAGUACCGGCAUCGCAGGAACCCUAGGUUACAUGGCUCCAGAAUAUGUCGUUAAAGGACACUUAACUGAGAAAGCAGACGUUUAUAGCUUCGGUGUUCUUCUUCUCGAGAUUGCUUGUGGUACAAGAAACAAUGAUUUUACGCCGGGAACGGGUCAUCUACUACAAAGAGUAUGGAAUCUCUAUACAAUGAAUAGAUUGGUUGAAGCCGUAAACCCAUGUCUAAAAAGCGAGUUGCUUCAAGAGCAAGGCAGCGAAGCAGAAGCUUGUAAAGUUCUUCAAGUAGGACUGUUAUGCACACAAGCUUCUCCAUCCCUGAGACCGUCAAUGGAAGAAGUUAUCCGUAUGUUAACCGAGCAUGAUUGUCCGAUUCCUUCUCCAACCAAUCCUCCAUUCUUGAGACUUAGCUCUUUAACUACGAAUCCAGAGAGCAGUAGUAGCACCAAUAGUACUACGAUGGUUAAAACCGAUCAAGCUUCUUAUACCUCUUCAGAAUCUUCUACAACUCGUAGGACCUAA